UUGUUGAAUACUUACAUUAUUUAUCAAUUGCAGUUAUUGUUUAGUUGUUUACAUUGAGCGACAUGUGCAGUGUUGUGCAGUGUAUUGUGUGGUGUGUCACCUCAUUUAUUUAGCACAAAUGUAAAAACCUAAUUAUGGUUUCCCCAUUUUUUAAACAGAGUUUUGUUGUGGUUGGAGCAGCCAUGUCUCAGAUGGGCCAUGGUGCAGCCUACGGCUACACGGCAACCCUCGUGGCACAUUAUACAGAUGACCAAGGGAACAAAAUGAGCAAUACUGAUCUAUCUUGGAUAGGUUCCGUUCAAUCCCUAUCAAAAAUAGUUGCUGCCUAUUUGACGCCAUUCAUCAUGUCUAAAAUGGGUCGACAGAGGGCUCACUUGCUUUCAGUAAUCCCGAUUCUGAUGCACUGGUUGAUUUUUGUUUUUGGGAAAUCAAUACCCGUGUUUAUCACCGGAAGAGUACUGUUUGGGAUUUCAGCGGGAAUUUAUGGGACUAUCCAUAACAUAAUUAUAGCAGAAAGUACAGAUCCGGUGAACCGUGGUGCUUUUUCAACAUUGUCUUCUUUAGCUGUUGGCGUUGGUGUAUUGUGGGCUCAUGUUUGGGGAAAUAUCUUAGCAUGGAGGUCGUCAGCUGCCGUAAGUACUAUCAUACCGUGUGUCAUCGCUGUUAUGACAUGGUUCUCUCCAGAAACACCAAGUUGGCUUGUGUCUAAGCAAAGGUAUGAUGAAGCUAGAAAAUCGUUUCGGUGGUUAAGAGGGGACAGCCAAGAGAUACAGAACGAAAUAGAAGACUUGAUUGAAAACGAUAAGGCAAAAUGCUUGGAAACGCUUAUGAAACCUGCUAAGACCUCGGCUGUAACAGAUAAAAUAAAAAAUAUUAUCACUGUAAUCAAAACAAAAGAAUUUUAUCAUCCAAUAUGUAUUUGCGUAAGCAUGAUUGUACUCAUCGAGUUUACUGGGAUGGAAACUAUAAUGAUGUCUUAUGGAAACUUUAUUUUAAAGUCACUACUCAGUAAAAAUUACCCUAAGGAUGUAAAAUGGCAUUUAAAUUUUCUUGAUUUCUUAAGGCCAGUGUCAACCUUGCUAUCAAUAAUUUUUUUGAAAAAAGUUAAAAGAAAGGUUAUCCUUCGUAGUAGUGCAUUGAUGACCAUUUCAUCCCUUAUUUUUACUUCUGUUUAUGUUUAUAUUCGUAACGAGGGAUACUUUCAGCAAACAUUAUUAUUGGAUAUUUUUGUCAUGUGUCUUAUGUCACUGUAUACGGUAUCUUUUUAUUUAGGACUAUCAUCAUUAUCAUUCGUUAUAAUUGGUGAAAUAAUACCUUUAUCUUAUAGAGGAACUGGUUCCGCCAUAGCUAUGAGUGGUUAUUGCGUAAUUACAUUUAUAUUGUUAAAAUCAUUCCCUCAAAUGUAUUCUGAGAUUGGGGUAGAAGGAAUAUUUUUGAUAUUUUCAUUCGUAUGUCUGAUCAGCUUUACUAUUUUACACAUAUUAUUACCAGAAACUAAAGACCUGACCUUGCUAGAAAUAGAAAAUAAAUUUAAACCUAAAAAACAAGUGCUCGAAGUUGAAAUGAAUUUAAUGAAUACUUCUUAAAUUACAUUUUAAAAUUUCGAAUAGCAUAAAAUGAUAAUUACGAAACGAGAGAAAAUAAAAGCUUUGGAGGCAAAACAAAGUGUUUGAAUCUUGGAACAUCUAUCAUCUUAUUCACUAUUGUAAUCGCCGAAGGGGUAGUAAGAGUUGACCCGCAAUGAGUCACAAUUUUGCCGUAGUACAUCUGUGAUAGGAGCCGUAUAGGCGUUUUGGUAUGACACCAAUCCAUUUAGAUUACAUAUCUAGAAAUCUAGUUAUUUGUCACAUGUUCUCACACCUUGCGCAGUGCGCAGUCUCCGACUGACACCAAUAACUCUUCCUUUCACCGCAGUGUCAAACCAUAGAUCGGCUCUAGUCACUGAAAAAAAAGAAGAUAAUACACUCACGUGCAAAGAAACAGUUCCACUAACAAAAUACAGACACCAAAUGGCCCAAAUUUUUGGCCCAAGUUUUCAGUUGGUAAUAUUCUCAAGCGCCGUUAAAUGUACUCAAAUAGUUGUGUAGUACUUAACUAAUGUGUAGUUCCAAAAAGAAGGCGUCGUUAAGUUAGUUUUCUCCGUUUAGGAGUAAUUUGGUGAAUGGAACUUUUUCAUUGCCCGUGAGUGUAUUACCGAAUUUGUACUCGUAUACUGUACCAACUUUACGUGAUCUUAAUACCCACCGCAUCCCAAACGUGUAAGAAAGAAUUCACUUCGGAAACUUUGAUUUUUAAGUGCAACACAAACUUUGAAAAUAUAUUCCUAAGUUGAUCCAGGAACAAAGGCGGAGUUGAGGUGAAAACCUCGAGGGUGUCGUAAUGUUGAACCAGAAUAAGACUUGAGUUCAACUCUUUAUAUUCCGCAAGUUUCCACACAUGUUUGUUUUGUUUGAUUUCCAUGACAAAGUUAUGGUUUGCUACUUUGUUAACUCUGUACGUUGGACUUAUGUUACCAGCAGUAACUUCAACGCGUGGCAUUCAUCAAAGACAAGAGACAACAGCUUUGAUUUUAUACCUCCUUCAUAAUAAGAAAUACACCUAAAUAACUUUAAUAUUAUCAUUGUCAUAUCUGCCGAAGAACCGAUAACCGUUGGGGUACGAAUAGGCAAACGCAGCGUGGGACGCCCUC